AGCUGCUUCAGCUGCCCAGCCGUUCCCCACCGUUCCGCGCCCAAAAAACCGCCAUGGCGUCCGUGGCGGUCGUGGUGGUGGCCGCAGACCGUGGACACUUCAACUGGUCCCUGCCGCUGGCGGAGGCCUUGGUGACGGACGAUGUGGUGCAAAAAGUGGAGUAUUGGACCUCCGAAGAGUCACAGCCUUGGCUCGGCGGUGGCCUUCCGCCACAAGUGACCCUGGGUGGGAGUACUGGAAGCUUCAGUCAGACCAAGAAACUGGUGGAUGUUUUCACGGAACUCUCCAGUUCAGGCGACACGGACGAGGAGGGCGGAAGAGCCUUGGAGGAGCAUUUCGCCCAGGAAGUGCAAAGGCGUGGCGUAGCCCCCACCUUGGAGGAAGCCCUCAGUAAGACUACUCCGCCCCAAGAGGUCCAAGACGCCUUGCUACAUCGCCUCAAAAUGAGAGAUGUUGCCAUUGUGGUGUACGAACAGACUUGGUGUUCCUGGGCAGAAGCUGUGGCGCAGAAAGCGGCUGUUCCAUCAAUUGCUUUCCAGCCAUCCUACAUUGACGUUUUCCGGCACAGCGCGGGGUGCCCUCCCCGUGCUUUCCAGCAGACCUUCAACUUUGGAUCCGAAGGCAUGGUCUACACCCUGGCCAGCUGCUUGCGUCGCCAUGCGCCCGUCCCGGCGGGACGGCAUGCCGUGGGAGCCAUCUUGCCGAGAAGGAGGAGCCUGGCAGCUGCGCUACGGAGCGAAGACCAGGACCAGGAGCUCUUGACUUGGCUCAACUUGGACGGGCCGCCCGUGGUGUAUUGCUCCUUGGGAAGCCACAUGUUGUCGCGCGUGCUGGGUCCCGGGAGCCUGACUGCCUUGGUCAAGGGACUCCUGGCGGUGCCAUGUCGGGUGCUGUUUGUCCUGAGCAAGACAGCUCGAGAGUUUGCUGAUGCGGAUUCAUGGUGUGUUAACGGCAGUCAGGGACCCCAGGAUCCGGAGUUUGCGAAGCUCGCAGUGGAGGAGAAGGUGAAGUUGCCUGAGUGGGUGAAUCAGCCCGCAGUGCUGGCGCACCAUUCCACCAGCCUCUUCUUGAGCCACUGCGGGGCCAAUUCUCUGCACGAAGCCUUAGCGUGUGGCCGACCCAUUUUGGCCCUGCCCUUCUUCGACGACCAGUACUACAACGCCGCGGCGCUCGUGGAGGCCGGCUGUGCCCUGCGGAUUGCGAAGCGGCCAGUGGAGGCUCAGCAGGUGACAGCAGCUGUGAAAAAGCUUCUGUCUCCGGAUGCCAAGUUGGCUGCCGAGAAGUUGCAACAAGAGCUUGUGGCCGAAGAUGGCACACUGCAAGCCGCAAAGUGGGUGGCCCACGUCAUAGCCCAUGGGAACGCUUGCGCUGACCCGCUGGAUCCAUGAGAGUUGGAGCUUGGGAACCAACAAAAACGACCCGGACGUCCAGUCCAGAUGUGAAAAGCAUCUGGAAACCAG